CUUGGUUAAUCCCUGGACUGUAGCGCUGCUGUGUGAGUGUCAGUCACCGGUACCAUGGAAACUUAGCGCAUUCACUGAGGUGGAGUAUGAUCCGCUGCUCGAUCACGCGUCACGUUCAGCAGCUUAAGUAUCCUGCGCAGGCUUGUUGCUUUCACAAUCCCCUCAUAUCAAGAACUAACAGAGUCGCCAUGCGAACGAUCUACGAAGACCUACCGACCGACAUCUGGUGGACAAUAGCAAGACUGCUGCCAGAAUCUGAUUUGAGGCAUCUCAGACUUGUGAGCAAGUGGCUGCAGCAUCAAAUGUUCACGCCCUUUGUUAAACGCAGCUUCAGCCACGUGAAGCUCAACCUAGAACGGCAGAUUGAUUUUCAACUCGAUUGGCUUACAAAGAGUCCACGCAUCGUCUCGACUGUCCGCUCGCUCACCAUUGUCGACCAAUACGCCGACGAUAUGCUGCACCUCCUCGGGCCUCGUGGGCAACCCUCAAUACCUCCGAACAAGAUCGAUAAGAUCAUUCAAAUGGUUGCACCAUUGUCCAAUCUGACCACCGUAACAAUCACCGGUAUGGACAGCACGUGGCUAUCAGACAAUUUCUCGGGCAACUUCAUGAGUUCUGCGCAAUGGAGGGGCUUGAGGAUCAGAUGUCUUUGUCUGAACUACUCGGUCCUGACAUUGAGUCACUUUACGCUUGUGCUCUCCGCAUGGCGGGAUAGUCUGCGGCGGCUAAGGCUCUUCUCGCCACAGCUCACCGGCAGAUGCUGGCCUUUACUGCUCCGCUUCCUGCAGUCUCUAGACCUUCACGAGUGCUACCUUGAGCACGUCCCGUAUUUAUACCUAGCACGGGAGACCUCGCCUUUUGGUGUUUUAGUGGGAGUUGUACAGCGGCACCGGCCGGUCACAAACCAGCAGUACUAUGUGCUGCGUCAGGACAGGCUUCUAAUGCAUGGUCCGCUUGCUGUUAAGGCUGGUCUUCGGGAAGCGAUUGGAGCUCCCGAUAUAGAAUAAUCCAUGCGAUCAGCAACUGCACAAUAGGCAUAAGCCGUCUCAUAGCGGAUUAGCAUAUACGGCAAGCGGCAAGGUAUGACAAUACAUACCAAGUAUG